GUAAUUUUUAAGCAGAUUAGGCGUCAAAAUAACGCCGUGACAAACCAUAAAAAAACCUUCUCGAAAUUCGAAGUUUCCAUAGCUCACGAACCUUGUAGUAGUUUCUCUCACUCUUUUCUUUUGCUUCUUCAAAGCGUAACCAUAUUCUACUUGCAUUUCUCUCUUUAGAAAGAGAUUAAUGGACUUAGUUGCAUUUUUUUCAAUGAUGUGAUUGAAAGUUCUUUUAACUCGUUGCUUUCGAUUUUUUAGGAUUGAAAACUGUAUAAUAUUUUCUGUAUCGUAAAAUAACAUAAAAUGCCUGAAGAUUUCCACUUAGAGCGCCCUCUGUUCGGCGGUGCCUUAGCUAGCACCUUCCCUCAAAGGUUCCAGGACGUGAGUAAUAUUCGAGAAGUUCCAGAUCAUCAGGAGGUGUUUGUGGAUCCUUCCCGGGAUGAAAGUUUGAUCCUUGAGAUAUUAGAAUUGAAGGAAGAAGUUGGUGAUGAUGGAAGUGCUUCAUGGUUUCUUCAAGACCUUUCCUCUGAACAAGAAGCUGAAGGCUGCGUAGUGAUUGAACAGUCAGGAGUGACUGAGGCCCCUGGACUGUGCUAUAAGAACACACCUGCUGUCAUUACAACUGCAGUUGGCCAAAUGGCUAUCUCUAAGGGACGGCAAGGUAGGGAAGCACAAAAUUUUGUGAGGGUAUAUGUUGCAAAUGUUCGUCUUAAAGAAGUUAACACGGAUAUCCUAAUUUCGGCAUAUGAGCCGAUUCAUAUAAAUCCAUUGAGUGAUAGUGCUACCGCCGUCGGGGCUGGUGUUGCCACUCCUGCUGAGCUUUCUGGAUGUAUGCCAAUGGUUGAGGUCUUCAAACUUGCUGUCUCAAUGUUUAAAGUCAACAACUGGGGCCUUUUUGGCAGUGUAUAGAUGAGUCAAAGGGCCAUGUAUAGAUUAUACAUGAAUAGGUUGUUUUAGAUUCAAUGAUUAUUUUUUGUUCAGAAAGAUUGUUCCCAGUCACCAAACUUAGUUUCUGCUGUCAUCUUCCAUUUUCUUUGAAUGCUGAACUGAAUGGCUUAUUGGUUUGGUGACUUUGGUCUCAGUCGUUUUUGUAGAGUCUGGAUUGUUAAAAUUACAUUUUGGUCAUCUUCCUCUCGCGCUCUCUGCACUGGAGAUGUUACUGCUUGUGUUCACUUUUACACAAUAAAAAUUAACCCCAUGGUAGGGCUUCGUAAA